UUGUUUCUCACGCGAGUUAGCGAAUCGGUUGAACAUUCGAGGGGAUCAUCAACGAUGAUAUCUGGUAACUUGGAAUACUUGCGAAGGGCCCCGGUACGACUCGAGACAUCCUUGAACGUAAAGUCGUCCAUCGUGACGAAGGAGGAGGUUACCGUGACACGGGGCGGAAAGGUCGUCGACGAGAGGAGCCGCGAGACCAAGGAGAACAAUUACUACGCCUCGUCGACCAGCGAGAUAUGGGAGCCGGUGGGAAUCGUACAUCGUCCGCGAAACAUCAAACCGUUCGACAGCUCGGACGAGUCCAGGCCGAACUCGAACGCCAGCUCGGACCAAGGUUACACGACCAACACCAGUAGCAAUCACGUGCCCAGGGAUGACGGUGGCGGAUCGUCUACGGUCGGCUGCCCGAUAUGCAAGGAUAACGAUCCCGAUUGUGCGCGUAGGUGUCUAGGAGGAAUCACAGGUUUGGGGACCAAGGUGCCCAUCCAGACGACCAACUCGGCGCCUACUAUUUUCGGUACGGUGACAACAGAGCCCAGCUUGAACCCAAAGGAUGGCAACAGUCGAAGGAGCCUACCACAAACACCAGCUGGCGGUGUCGGUGGAAAAGGAAGUGGAAGCGCUGGUUCUGGUAUGGUAAAUGGUUCUGGUGCCGACCAUCAAGAUAUACGUGACGGUGCAGCUAUAAACACAGAACACGCUCUGGUGUACCGGGACGGGAACCUAGUCUCGGGCUCCCUGGAAGCCCUGGUGCAGCACAUGGUGCCCACCGAGGAAUAUUAUCCCGAUCGGGCGUACCUCUUCGCCUUUUUGCUGAGCGCCCGGCUCUUCAUCAAGCCGCACGAGCUCCUGGGCGAGGUCUGCGCCCUCUGCGAGCAUCAGCAAAACCUGAAUGGAGAGGGUGGCAAGGAACGUCUACAACGUUUCGUUCCGCGACUGGUGCAGCUGCUAGCUGAAUGGACAGAAACAUUCCCGUACGACUUCCGGGACGAGAGGGUGAUGGGCCACGUCAGGUCCAUCACGCAGAAGGUCGCUGCGGUCGACGCUGCGGCCAGGCAGGAAGUUUCAGCGUUGCUGCAAAACUUGCUGCUCAGACUAACGGCUCUGGAGAGGUACGAGGAAGGUCUGGCCAGGCUGGCGACCGAGGCAGCGACAGAACAACUUACGCAGGUGGACAUCACCGAGCUGUGUCCCUCCGCCACCGUUCUAGCGCAGCAACUAACCCACGUGGAACUCGAGAGGCUCUCCUACAUCGGUCCCGAAGAAUUCGUCCAAGCUUUCGCGAAGGAAUCUCCUCAUCUGGAAACAUCCUUUAAGGACAUGAAGAAAACACGCAACCUCGAAUCUUACGUCCAAUGGUUUAAUAGACUGAGCUAUUUUGUAGCAACUGAAGUGUGCAAGCACGCAAAAAAGAAGCAACGUGUUCGCGUGGUUGAAUACUGGAUUGAAACAGCUCGUGAAUGUUUCAAUAUCGGCAACUUCAAUUCACUGAUGGCAAUUAUUGCUGGCCUGAAUAUGUCACCGAUAUCUCGUCUGAAGAAAACGUGGUCAAAGGUACAGCUGGCGAAGUUCUCGAUUCUGGAGCAUCAAAUGGAUCCGAGCAGCAAUUUCAGUAGCUAUCGCAGCACACUGAAAGCGGCGAUGUGGCGUAGCGCCGGCGCUACGGACGAAAGGCAGAGAAUCGUCGUGCCCUUCUUCAGCUUGCUGGUCAAGGAUCUCUACUUCCUGAACGAGGGAUGCAGCAACAAGCUACCGAAUGGCCACAUUAAUUUCGAGAAAUUCUGGCAACUGGCGAAGCAGGUGACGGAAUUCAUCGCCUGGAAACAAGUUGCGUGCCCAUUUGAGAAGAACCCGCGUGUCAUUGCGUUUCUCCAAGCUAGCCCGGUGCUGACGGAAAAUGCCCUGGCUUUGGCAUCGUUCGAAUGUGAACCACCAGACAACAACCCGGAAAAAGAACGUUAUAAAGCUUUAAAGUCCGAACUAAAUGCUCAGUGAAAAAACGCUGCCGCGCAACGCGUCGAACGGGAGCGAUAUUAGCUGACCGGCAUGUAAACCGACGCUUUCCAACAAAACGUUAACACAGUUAAAACGUUAAACAGCCUUCGUACAGGCGAAAAGAAGCAAAAAGAAAAAUAGAGAAACAAGAACGAAACAUCCGAAUGGUGAACAAGAGA